UUUUGUUUUGAUUUGUAGUAAAUUAAAUUGAUUUUGUUUCUUCCCCAAGUUGAGCCUGUCUUUUGCCCGUGACCAUAAGUGGGGAGUGAUCCCUCCCAGUCCUUAUCUCGACCCACGAGCUUUUCUUUAUAUUUUCUCCUCAUCCCAACAGGGCCAGGGGCAGAGGAGUGAGCGAGCAGCUUCGUGGUGCUUUGUUACCGGCUGGGCUGAAACCACGACACAGAAAUAACUUUCAGCAAACAUAAACACAAGUCUGGGAGUGUAUUCAUAAUUGUAUACCAAAGAUGAUGACUAGAAAGAUUAAGCUUUGGGACAUUAAUGUCCAUAUAACCUGUCAUUUAUGCAACGGAUACCUGAUUGAUGCCACCACUGUAACAGAAUGCUUACAUACUUUUUGUAGAAGCUGCUUGGUGAAAUAUUUGGAGGAAAACAAUACCUGUCCAACAUGUCGGAUUGUUAUACACCAGAGCCAUCCAUUACAGUAUAUUGGUCAUGAUAGAACAAUGCAAGAUAUUGUUUAUAAACUUGUGCCAGGCCUCCAAGAAGCGGAAAUGAAAAAGCAAAGGGAGUUCUAUCACAAACUGGGUAUGGAAGUACCAGGGGACAUCAAAGGGGAGACAUGCUCUGCAAAGCAACAUCUAGAUUCACAUCGCAAUGGUGAAACUAAACCAGAUGAAAAUUCAAACAAAGAAACUUCUGAAGAAAAACAGGAAGAAGAUAAUGACUAUCAUCGAAGUGAUGAACAGGUAAGCAUCUGCUUGGAAUGCAAUAGCAGCAAAUUACGUGGACUGAAACGAAAGUGGAUCCGCUGCUCAGCACAAGCAACAGUCUUGCAUCUAAAGAAGUUCAUUGCUAAAAAACUUAACCUUUCUUCUUUUAAUGAGCUGGAUAUAUUAUGCAAUGAAGAGAUUCUUGGCAAGGACCACACACUCAAGUUUGUAGUUGUUACUAGAUGGAGAUUUAAGAAAGCACCUCUACUGCUACAUUACAGACCCAAAAUGGACUUGCUGUAGGAGAACUUUAUUGUCCUUCUGGACAGUUUUUUUUGCAGAGACUAUCAUCUGGUACCUUAGUGCAGCACUUAACUCUCAUGUGAAACGAACCAGCAGAAUCAUUUUGGAACAUUGUAGUGCUUCUAUAGCAGACUGUCCUUCUGAAUAUUUCUAGGGAUGUGCUACAUGGAUUUUUGGACAAAAAAAAAUAUAUAUAUAUAUAUUUAUUUUUGUACAAAUGAAAUAAAUCACAACUCAACAGGAUUCUACCAGCACUGAGUUUACAGGUAGUGAAAACACUUCGCAGUUCCAUGGAGCUCAGCCUGAUUCAUCUAUUUGUAGUUACACAAAAAUAAGUUAAAAUGGUGUGGGAGAGAUUUAAAAUGUUGCUUUUAACACCAAAUUACUACAUUUACUUAUUUUUUUGUCUUUAAAAUUUACAAAUUGUUUCAGUAUGUUUUUCUGAGGUGUUCUUGUUUUAUGUAAUAUGCCCAAUUAUGUCAGCUUUAAUCAAGCCAUUCUAUAGAGCAUUGAACAUACCUAAUGAUAUACAGUGACUGGUGAUAUUUAUUAUGCUGCAUUAAAAACUUCCUAAAAGCCUGGAUAUCCAAUUACUUCAUUAGUUUUGCACAAUGUUUGUUCUUUAUUUUGUAUUUCAGUAAUGUUUUAAUAUCCCCCCUUUGCAUGUUGAUUUGAAGUGAGUUCACUUGAUUUUUUUAAAUAUGCCUUAAUAUUUUGCCAUGGCAUAAAUUACAUCCAAUCAUAACAAAUACUCAUAAGUGCUGAACUUGUGAAAUUUUUUUAAAGCAAAUAUGUCAUAUAAUUGGGGCUUGCAAAAAUCGAAUUUUACUUUAGGGAGUAUUUGCUAUUUCAUUAGCUGUUAAAAACUAUGGCUGUUGGGCACCUUUUGUUGAUGUUGCACAAGUUUCCAUUUCACUAGCUAAAAAUUCUUCAGUUAACUGUAAACCAAUUCUGUGUUUCUUUUACUGUUUUCUAUAUGAAAUCAUAGCUGUUUAUAGCUCAAUUACUAUUUAUCUUUGAGGUCAGAUUAGAUUACAGGGGCACCGUCUGGCCUUAACUGAUAAUUUUGCUUGUGUCAAGGCCCAAGAGAUGCAAACUACCAUACAUGUAUGUGUGUCUGUGUACAGACAAGCAAGCAUCUUAGAGAAUCCACCUUCAGUAGUGCUUAGCAGUGUUGACUACACUGAUUGAAAGGGUUUUUAAAAUAGUCAGCUUCAUAAAAAUGUGGUAGUAGUUGAAAGUGACUUCUGCAAGCUGUAUGCUGCAUAACAUUAUAUAUAGCAUGGAUGUGAGUGUGUCUGACAUGGGGUCUUAAAUAACUGAAAAGAAGAUAAGCAGUAUUAUUGGCAGCUGGAGGCUGCCAAUAUUUUUUAACUCUUCGAGUUUUCCUGUCAGCUGAAAAUGGCAGUUAUAUCAAACACUUUAUUCUUUCAUAAAAUGUCGAUGGCUAGGAAAAUCAGUAUGCCUGUUAGCACUGUCCUGCUUCUUCCAGCUGUGCUCCCCUACUUUGCAAGAAAGCAUUGCUUAACAUUACUUGAUAAUAGGAGGUUGAUCUCAUAAGAGGCUUAUUCAAGUAUUCUAAAUCCUACUGCCUCUUCUUGAGUUUUCUAAGCACCAUAUUGCUCUGCGCAUCUCCCAUGCUUUUUCUUAAUUGAACUUUUCAGUUCUUUUCCUAGUUCUGCUGUUGCCAGAGGGAAGCUCUAAGUUCACUUGUUUGUCUCAGGAAAUGGGGCCCUUGUUGUCAUUUAUGGCUAUAGAUGGUGAAUGGUGAAGAAAAUGAAAGAAAUGCAAAGAGAAAGAAAAAGUCUACUGAACUAUGGGGAUGGUCAAGAGAGCCACAGUAAGGCCAGUGGAGUACUGCCAUCUCUGCAAAUGAUGAUGUGAGACCACUAAAUUUGAACUGGUUUAGACAGGACUUCUUUAUGUCAGGGCUUAGAGAAUGUGCAUGUGAUGGAAUUAGAAGUUUGCUCUUGUUUUGCUGUACUGUUUCUGGACUCGCUUACCUACAAUUUAGCUUUUAUCUGUUUUUAGCAUUAAUAGAAGUGACAGAAGAGGACAGGUGAGAUCUAAUUAGUCUCUAUUUUUGGUAGUUUUUCACAGAAUAGUGAAUGCAGGUGAUAUGGAUGUAUAUGUAAGUUAACAUAAUAGGCCUUUCUGGAACUCUUUGGCUAUCAUUGUAUACUUCCCAGUGUAAAUCAGGGGCUGGUUCCAGUUGGUAAGGCUUCCAGAGAAUGCAAAUAUAGUUAUAAACACCCAUCCUCCAGGCACCCCUAAUGUACCUGACACAGACAUGGAGCUCAAGUCCAUAGACCAUGUAAAUGCCUAAUUAAUUUUUCAGCUACAGUAUAAGGGUUUUAUAAAUAUAUUUGUGAUUGGUCUACCUCAGUAUAUGUACACUGUGGAACCUUUUUGCAAGAUCAGAUGUUGAUGCAGCGCUGUUGAAGUUUAUUGGGAUUUUAGUGUUUCCCUGUGUAGCUCUACAACUGAAAGAAGUUAGCAGUUACAAACAUGUAAAUUCAGAAAGCUCUCUGCCAUUCAGUUCUAAAUCUUGCUCUAACAGUCUAUAGUAUAGAAUAUAUGUUUGCAAGUUUGUAACUACCUUUGGAAUCACUUGAAUUUGUUACGGUGCUAUAUCAAUAUAUUUAAAUCUUUAUAUAUGUAUGCAUCUGUAGCUAGUGUUAACACCUAUAGCUGGUGAUUGCUCAUAAUUGUGUGUAACUGCUUUUGUUAUGUGUUUAACCUGAUAAAACCUCAGCAGUGCUUUUAAAAACAAAACAAACAAACAAACAAAACCAACCACAACCCUAUUGUUCACAUCAUGUCACAAUAGCUAUCAUCUUCAUUACAAAAGCUGUUUCCCAUGGGGAGGGAUGGGAUGCACCAUUUGUUUGGUUUCUAGCUUUAUAGAAAGACUAGACUACAACUGAAUUCAAGUCAGAGGCAAGCCUUGGAGUCAAAGUUCCGUUUUACUUCUUUGAAGCUUAAGAAACAGUUGAUUUAAUGUCAAGAUUAUAUUGGCUAAAACAAUACUGACUUCUCUCUCUUUUUUUUUUUAAGCUUUUAAAUCUGAAAGUUGGGCUCAGUAUAGAUAUUUCUUGAAUCCUGAUAAGGUCAUGAUUAAUUUAUUUUGAUCUUAAUGAAGAUAGCAUUACUGUGAAGUAAUUUUUACAGCCGCUUACACUGGUAAAUAAUUGCGGUAAAAAGGUAUCUUGUAGCAUUAUCCUCAGCAGCAAUGAGACUAAAUUAUCCCAGGCUCAGAGUCUCACUAGAUAUAGUUUUCAUUAAAAAUAGAUAAUUCACAGAAAAUAUAUAAUAUUGAAUUUAAAUAAGAUUUAGGAGCUUGGAAAAAUUAACUUUAUAAAAAUUAUUUAUUAUAUUAAGCAUUCUGUUUUAUUUUAUCAUUCGAGUAUUUUUUGUUUCAAAGGUCCAGCUUUAUUUGCAGGCAUAUAAAACUGUAAAAGUUUUCACAGCUUCUUCCUGUUAUAUUAGGUUUGAAUGGCUUUUAUUUGUAUGUCUUUGCUAUGUGUGGCUGAAGAGCUUUGCUUUUUCUUUUGUGCAAUGGGUCAGAAACAUGCAUUUAUAAGGCAUAUGUUUAAAUUGUAAAUGUAGCACCUACUUCUAAAUUGAAAAGCAAUGUAGAUGGGGGUUUUCAUAUAUACAUUCAGUGGGUUUUUGCUUGGGAUUUUAAUUUGUGGUUUGUUGGGUUUUUUUAAUAAUGAAGUUUGGAAUUUUAUGGGCUUGUAAAAUCUUUAAGUGCAAGAACUACCCAUCAGCAAUAUUUUAAAAUGGUUGAUCUAGCAAGAAACUUCAAUAUGAAUUGUGGAAGUAAUAUGCAAAAGAUGCAGCCUAUCCAAAAUUGGUUUGUGCCAUUGUUAUGUCUGGUAUCUUUGCGUGUCAUCUAACUUGAGAAUAUUUAUUUUUAUUGGUUGUGCAAUAAUAUACACAACACUGUCACCUCUGGGAAUGUGGGACUGCAAAAAUGAGACUACAUUUAUGAUGGUACUAUUUUUUUUCAAUAGACUAUGAGCCUUUGAAAGCUUAUUUGGUUCUACUGUUGUUAUAACAGCAUAAUUAGUCUUAGGA